AGCAACCUUGGGUAUCAUCGUUGCUGAAUAACUCCGUUCAUUACGCAUCUGAUCGAUAAGCCUCGUGAAUGAACGCGAAAUGGACGUCUGAAUCGAAGCCGUCAUGGCCCCGUUUCUAUUGAUCCUGCCAUUGCUGGCAUCGUUGCGCUACCUGAUACAGCCAAUCGAUGGCGUAAUUGAACGAGGCGAUUCGACAAAAGAGACCGACCUAAUUGAUCCUCGUACGAGGCCGAAAUUCAUCAAAGAUGUUUUAGCGCAAACUGGCGGAAACGCACUGCUGCCCUGCCAAUUCAACAGUCCUGGAAUAGUAACGUGGAUCAGGAGAAAAGACAGACAACUACUUACAGUGGGUAGAAGCACACAUUCUAUAGAUACGCGUUUCGUUGUCUCAAACGGUCCUGGCUGGAAUCUACUGAUUAAAAACGUGAAUCACGAAGAUGCAGGUCUUUACGAAUGUCAGAUUCAGACGGAACCAAUGCAACAGCGAUUCAUACGAUUGAAUAUCACGGAGGCGUAUUCGGUGAUACCGGGUGGACCGGAUCUCCACGUGAAGCAGGGUUCCAGCCUGCGUUUGGAGUGCCAGUUGAUGGCAGCCGCAGAAUCGCCCAACUACGUGUUUUGGUAUCGCGAGACGCGCAUGAUAAACUACGACAACGAGCCCGGUGUUCGAUUCGAGCUUAAGGGAAACGGCUCCGUAUUCAUCGUGGAGAAGGUGAAGCUCUCACAUGGUGCGAAUUACACAUGUUUGCCAAACAACGCCAGACCGGCUCACAUCGUGCUACAUGUCAUUGAAGAGGAAGAGAAACCGGCAGCCAUGCAUGGAGGCGAUCGACGAAAUUCCACGGCGACUACGUCAACCAACAUCAUACUGAUUCUCGUAGCUCUUCUGAUUAUCGAAAAUACAUCUUAUCGAAAUCAUGUAUCGAAAAAUCACAUUACCUUUAGUUCAUCUCGGAUCUCGCGAGCUGAAACUCUCUGACGAUGAAAUCCAAACGUUCGUAAAAAAAGAUGUGACAGAUUCCGCGUGGGAUCAAAGAAAAACCUAUUUGCGAAUAAACUUAAAGAGAGAGAUUCAACUGCAGACAGUUUUCCGAGAAUCUCUGUAUCCCCAGUGGCAAAAUCUAAG